AUGCUACUCCAGUCUGCCUUAAUACGGCAGAACCUAUGGAGAGCCUUCUCACCCAUUACUCACAGACCUCUCUCAACAUCGGCGCCUUCGGUGGCCAUUGUGGGGUCGGGACCAUCGGGAUUUUAUACAGCCGUUAAACUUCUCACCACCAACAAUGAUGCCAACAUGGAGAUAGACAUGUUUGAAAGACUGCCCGUGCCGUAUGGACUGUCUCGCUACGGAGUCGCUCCAGACCAUCCUGAAGUCAAGAACUGUCAGAAAAGAUUUGACGAAAUCACCGAGGAUCCCCGGUUCAAAUUCUACGGAAAUGUUGAGAUUGGAAAGGACCUGAAGCUGCAUCAUUUGGUGGAAAAUUAUAAUGCUGUGGUGUUGGCUUAUGGAUGUGCUGAUGGCAGUCAAUUGGGCAUUGAAGGUGAAGACCAUCCGGCUGUUUUCAACUCUAAAGAGUUUGUGGGUUGGUAUAAUGGCGAUCCUGAACACGUAGGUCUUGAUCCUCCUCUUGAAAAGGCCAAAACCGUAACUAUUAUCGGAAACGGUAACGUUUCAUUGGAUCUGGUGAGGGUGCUCCUAGGACCAGUGGAUAAGCUGUGGAGUCAAACCGAUAUGGCCCAACACGCGAUUUCCAAGCUCCGGAAAUCGACAAUUGAGCAUGUCAACAUUGUGGGAAGACGAGGAUUUGUUGAGGCUGCUUUCACGAACAAGGAAUUCAAAGAAUUGCUGGAAAUGCAAAAGGAUGGAGUAGCAUUCACCAACUGGAGUGAGGACAUGUUACCUCCCACUUUCCGGGAAUUCUCGAAACUAUUUUCACGAGCAGUCAGAAGAAGACUUGAUCUCGUGGAUAAAUAUACAGCUUCGCCAUAUUCGGACUAUCCCAAGCACAAAUCUUGGGGGUUUGAAUUUUUGAAAUCUCCGAAGAAGUUUGUGGCCAGUGAAUCUGACCCAAAUCUUUUGAAAGAAACGAUAUUUGAGAAAAACAAACUCGUUCAAACGGAUGCAAACUAUCCGGUUACGAUUGUCGGUUCGGGGCAAUUGGUUUCCCUGGAGAACGAGAUAGUUAUCAACUCCACAGGUUAUCGUGGCAGGCCAUUUGAGGAGUUUGAAAAAUUGAAUAUUCCCUGGGACUCCUCUAAAAGUCGGAUUCCCAAUCUGGACGGCCGGGUUUUGAGUACUGGUUCGAUUGCCAAGGGAGAAAAUUAUGAGUUUAUUCAAGGUCUCUACACUACGGGUUGGGCAGGAACUGGGCCAAAAGGUAACAUCAACACCUCGCUAAUGGAAGCAAAUGUUACUUCAACGUCCCUGUUGGAUGAUUUCGAAAAGGGCAUAUUACCAGCUCGGAAAUCGUUCCAAGGUCGUAAGGCUACGGAUUUUUAUUUGCAGAAGAAGCCGGACGUGGUAACGUGGGACAUGUGGAAGGCCAUAGAGAGUGCAGAGAAUGAGCUUGGAAAGAUGAACAACAAGCUGAGGGAAAAGAUAGUUGACGUCGAUUCGAUGAUUGACAUUGCCACGAAAUAG